AUGUGGUUGUUAUGGCUGAGUCGCUCCAUCUCCACCUGCCUUCGCGAGUCACCAUGGAGGAGUAACGUUUGCAUCGGGGUGGUAAUUGGUUUUACUGCGGAUGUCUUGACGCAGAUUGUGGUAAGGAGGCCACCAUCACCAAGGGACCGUCCCCAGACGCAGAGUAGUUCGCCAUUGGUGAUAGUGUGCCCCAAUUUUUUUCACAGAUUGGUGACUCACCUCAGAGCUGAGACGGAUACUUCUGCCCCUGUGAUUGAUCUUCGACGUAGUUUUAUCUUUUGUAGUUUUACCAUCGUCUUUAAUACGUUUUUCUUUCUCUCAUUGUAUCGGCGGCUAGAUGCUCUUUAUCCACCUGCUAGUGUAACCCGAGGUCAGGCACUUUUGAAGGGUUUUUUAAGUUGGGUGGCAGCCAACACGACAACGCCUCUGUAUUUCUCGUAUGUCGCGACAUUGAGCCAUUAUUUUAUUUACCAUACGGGACGUCACUGUCUUUGCGCAGCUGAGGGAGAUAACUUUGGGUGGCAUGUGGAUUUUCCAGUUUUUUGGAAAGGAGUGAAGAAACAAAUACACAGGCAACUGAGAGAAGACUGGCCUGAUACAAUUAAAUACGGUUUUGUCUUUUGGGGUGCAAACUGGAUGCCAAUGUUCUACUAUAUUUCUCCUCACUUUCGUUAUGUAUACACUUCCUGCUUACAGGUGGCGUGGGGUGCUAUCAUGUCCCACUUGAUGCAUCGUCGGUUAGGUGUAAGCCAAGCCAUAAUUGGGAUAAGUAGUAUGUAA